AUGGCCGGACACCCCAACCUUUUCAGUUUUCCCACCUCCGAUGCCCUAGCGGCGCAAUUGCGAGGCUACGUCCUCCGCUGCCAGAACUCCGCACUCGCCCGACACGGCACAUUCCGCCUCGCCGUCUCCGGCGGCUCCCUGCCAACCGUCCUUGCCAAAGCCCUCCUCGCCCCCAGCAAUGGCUCCCCUGAAGAUACACCCCAAUUCUCCAAGUGGCACAUCUUCUUCGCCGAUGAGCGCGCUGUACCACUCGACCACGAGGACAGCAACUACCGCCUGCUGAAUGAUGAACUCGUUAACAAGAUCCCCGCCGAACUCGGCGCGCCUAUCGUCCACCCAAUCGACGAGAAGCACGUUGACGAUGACGACCCCCAGGAACUCGCAGAUCUCUACCGGGAGGACCUGAUGCGCGAAUUCGCCGCCAAGGACAGCGUUAAAGUCCCUAUCUUCGAUCUCAUCCUCCUGGGCUGCGGCCCCGAUGGUCACACCUGCUCGCUCUUCCCUGGUCACGCCUUGCUGCGCGAGAAGGACGCUUGGGUUGCCGCUGAGACAAACUCCCCCAAGCCCCCGCCUAAGCGCAUCACUCUUACCCUGCCUGUUGUUACCCACGCUAUCAGCAUCGCCUUUGUCGCAACCGGCGCCGGCAAAAAGGAUAUCCUCAAGCAGAUCUUUGAUCAGGAGGAGGGCGCUAGUCUUCCUUCAGCUCUGGUUAACCAGGGUGCUGGUGAUAAGGUGACCUGGUUCACUGAUCACCCGGCAGUGGAUGGUAUUGCAUUCCCUCGUCGUGGGAGUCUUUGA